UUACGUUACAAAUUAUUUUAAGGAAGUCUUUUGAAUAGCUGUUUUACGCAGUGCUACGGCUCUAUGACGUAGGGUCGCACGUAAAUUGCGCAGGGUUUUACGUAAAGCUACAGCGGUCGCUAACGUUGGAACACUGCCUCAUAAAAUGGCGGAUCGUGGAGAAGAAGCGGAGAGUGAAGAUGAAUUGUAUGAGGUUGUUAACAUCACAGAUUAUGCCAGGAGGCAUCAGUGGUGGAGUCGUGUCUUUGGGACUAGUACAGGACCCAUUGCUGAAAAGUACUCUGUGACUUCACAGAUCAUGAUGGGUGGGGUGACAGGAUGGUGUGCUGGUUAUCUCUUUCAGAGGGUUGGAAAAAUUGUGGCAACUGGUGUCGGAGGAGGUUUUCUUUUGUUACAAAUUGCCAACCACAGUGGCUAUGUGCAGGUGGACUGGAAGAAAGUAGAAAAGGAUGUCAAUAAAGCUAAAAAGCAUUUGAAAAAAAAGGCAAACAAUGCACCUCCUGAGCUCAAUUCCAUUGUUGAAGAGUCUACAGAAUUUGUGAAGAGGAAUAUUGUUAUCUCAAGCGGAUUUGUUGGAGGAUUUCUGCUGGGUUUGGCAUCCUAAAUUAAACCUGGACCUACUGCCACUGGUUUAAAUUAUAUUCUCCUUCCAAUGGACAUUUGAAAACCAUCAUUGAACAUAUUACUGUGAAAUGUUGUUCUUAACUGUAGAUAGCUAAAACAUCCUUAAAAGAUAUCCUGUGCCAAUAACUUGUUUUUAAAAACGUUUGCUUGUUUUUUGCUCACUAUUUAUUAAUAAUACAUGAAGUUUGUUGCAAAUAUAACUUACAUAAUGUGUCUUAUAUUUAGCUUUUGAGUACAUUUGGGUUAAUAGAAUAGAAUAAUACACUUGCCAAAAACAUGUUUUUCUAUAUUUUUCUUUUAGUUGUGUAUUUUUAUUAUACAGUUCAAUUCACCAAUGACAUCCCUUCAUCAUUCUCUUUACGUCUUCCCUGGUGGGGUUGCAGGGAGUGUUGGACUAACCCAGUUGUCUCGGGCAUAAGCAUUGAACUGCCCUGGACAGAGGGCCAAUACCAAUAAUGUUUGUGGAAAUAAUAAAAUAUGUUUCUGGUUA